AUGAAGAUUUUUGAAAGCUCACAUUUGUUCAAUUACACAUGGGAGCAGGUCUCUGCCGCCAAUUGGGUCAAGUACCCAAACGAGCUUUCUACACAUGUCGUCUCUGUGGACAUUCUUAACAGAGAGGUUGACCCAGAAAGACAUGUCCUUAAAACAGAACGUUUGAUCGCCUGCAAGCAGGCAGUUCCUAGAUGGUUGCGUGCCAUCAUUGGAGGAGAAGAGUACUCCUUUGUUAGAGAAGUUUCCGAGGUGGACUUGGUGAACAGAAAGCUUAUCAUGAAGCUGGCCAACAUGACGCUUCUGAACCUCCUUCUUGUGAACGAAACAGUUGUCUACACUCCGGACGAGAGGAUGCCCGCCGGUAGGACCCUCUUCCAGCAGGAGGCCGAGAUUACGGCGUUUUCUCCCUUCUCAGGUAUCUGCAACAAGAUCGAGGACUGGUCCGUGGAGCGCUUUGGCCAGAACGCCCAGGUUGGCAAGAGAGGCUUUGAAGGAGUCUUGGAGCUGGUGGCACAGAGAUGGGAGGAGAGCGGCAUCCUUGUGAAGGGCAUUGGUCACUCUCUCAUGAAGGAGAUAGACGAGGUGAACGACAUGACGCACGAGGUGAUCCACGAUGUUGGAGAGAAGACCUCGAGCGUUCUUUCGGAGGUCACCAAGCUCAGCAGCUAUUUCAGCCGGAGCUAG